AUGGACGUAAGAGACUCACCACUGAAGCUUUACUUCAUUCCAUACCUCGCAGCGGGUCACAUGAUCCCUCUCUGCGACAUAGCCCAAUUCUUCGCCUCACGUGCCCAUCACGUGACCAUCAUCACCACCCCUUCCAACGCCCAAAGCCUUAACCAAUCCAACAACUUCCGCCUCCACACCUUCGAAUUCCCUUCCAAAGAAGUUGGCCUGCCCGACGGCGUCGAAAACUUGACCGCGGUCACCGACAUCGACGAAUCCUACAGAAUCUUCAUCGCCACAACACUGCUCCAGGAACGCAUCCAGAGUUUCGUCGAGCGGGACCCACCGGAUUGCAUAAUCGCCGAUUUUCUUUACCCCUGGGUCCAUGAGUUGGCAAACAAGCUUGGUAUCCCCAGGCUCGUUUUCAACGGAUUCUCCCUCUUCACCAUUUGCGCCAUGGAGUCCGUCAAAACGCACUGCAUCGAUGCUUCCGGUCCCUUUGCAAUUCCGGAUUUCCCUCACGACAUCACCAUGAACUCAUCCCCACCCAAGGACUCCCGGGAAUUCAUAGAACCCCUGCUCACGACUGCGCUCAAAAGCGACGGUUUCAUUAUCAACAACUUUGUCGAGCUUGAUGGGGAAGAGUACCUCCGCCAUUACGAGAGAACAACAGGGCACAAGGCCUGGCACCUUGGCCCGGCGUCUCUUGCUCGCAGAACCGCUCUGGAGAAGGCGGAGAGGGGGCAAAAGAGCGUGGUGACUAUGCAGGAGUGUAUGAGUUGGCUUGACUCGAAGCGAGUGAACUCGGUGGUGUACAUAAGUUUUGGAUCCAUUUGCUAUUUCCCGGAUAGACAGCUUUACGAGAUUGCAAGCGCGAUCGAAGCGUCCGGUUUCGGAUUCAUAUGGGUGGUCCCGGAGAAGAAAGGGAAGGAGAAUGAGAGCGCGGAAGAGAAGGAGAAGUGGUUACCGAAAGGGUUUGAAGAGAGGAACUCGGAGAAGGGGAUGGUUAUCAGGGGGUGGGCUCCACAGUUGCUUAUCCUGAACCACCGUGCCGUUGGGGCAUUCGUGACUCACUGCGGGUGGAACUCCACCGUGGAGGCUGUAAGUGCCGGGGUUCCCAUGAUUACGUGGCCCGUUCACAGCGACCAGUUCUAUAACGAGAAGUUAAUAACGCGGGUGCGGGGCAUUGGGGUGGAGGUGGGCGCAGAGGAGUGGAAACUCACAGCUUUCUUCGACACCGAAAAGGUUGUGGGCAGAGAAUGCAUAGAGAAGGCCGUGAAGAGGGUGAUGGACGGGGGUGAUGAAUCCCUGCAAAUCAGACGGCGAGCCAAAGAGUUUGGGGAAACGGCUAGACAAGCUGUUCAAGAGGGUGGCUCCUCUUACAACAAUCUUACGGCCUUGAUUGAUUAUCUUAAACAAUCCAGAAACUCCAAGUCACAGCCACUUCUCUGA